AUGGUGCGAGGGUACGACAUCCUGCAAGCCUUCACCUCUGUAGCAUAUCCCCAAUGUAACGGGCAAGCCGAAGUCACCAAUCGGGAGAUUUUACGAGUUCUUCAAGCUCGGCUCGACCAUGAAGGUGGCAGUUGGGUGGAUGAGCUGCCUGGGGUAUUAUGGGUGCUCCGAAUGAUGCCCAAGGAGGGAACAGGAGCGACCCCCUUUCACCUGGUGUACGGGGGAGAAGCCAUCAUCCCGGUAGAAGUCAGGGUAGAAUCCGACCGGAUCAAAAUCUACGACGAGAACAAUGCUGAGCGGAGGCAUUUGGAGCUGGACCUGGUGGACGAGACGUGA